AUUUUGUUGCGGAGCUACCGCUGUUGUCGCACAUUAAAAUUGCGCGUUAUAUCGGCACGUGUAAAAACUCCACGUGUCGGCUUCUUGGGUUUUGUGAUGCGUCUCAGCGUGGCUACGCCGCCGUUAUUUAUUUGCGCGUCGAAAAUCCAUUAACUGAAUCGUCUAUUUUCCUUAUCGGCGCGAAAACUAAAUUAGCUCCGAUUAAACCACUUUCUAUACCCCGUCUCGAGUUAAAUGCCGCAGUACUCUUAGCACGUUGGUUAGGACGAAUUAAAUCCAUUUUGUCUACGGAUUUAAAUAUUAUCGCGACUCAUGCUUGGACCGAUUCGCUCGUGGUAUUAUCGUGGCUAAGUGUACCACAUGAUACUUUUAAGGCAUAUGUGUCAAAUAGAGUACACCAGGUACAAUGUUUAAUACCUGAGUGCUCAUGGUCCUAUGUAAACACAACCGUCAACCCGGCCGACUGCGUAUCGCGCGGGGUAUUGCCCUCUAAAUUAUGUGAUUAUACGUUAUACUGGCAUGGCCCUCCGUUUAUUUUAGAAGCGCCAGAUAGGUGGCCGUCGCGACCGUCGUUAUUGGAUGUAUCCGAUUCAUCUGAAGUCCGCAUUAUUUCAUUAGCUGUUCGCGCCCAGGACCCUCCAACCGAAUGGUCAACUCGUUUUUCUUCAUAUAAUCGGAUGUUACGCGUCAUAUCGUAUAUGAGGCGUUUUGCACAUAAGUGUCGCCACAAUGCAUCUCCAGCGCUCGCGAUCACUCAAGAGGAAAUCGACGCGUCGUUACGAGCAAUAGUGAUUGAUUCGCAACAAUGUUUUUUUGCCGCGUUAAAAAAUGAACUUGUAGCUGGAGUCAGUAUAUCUUCUAAACCUAUGGCACGUUUGUGCCCUUUUUUGGACGAUUAUGGGGUAAUCCGCGUGGGUGGACGUUUACGCCAUUCGUUGUUACCUUACGAGCAAAAACAUCCGAUACUUUUAGCUAAACGGUCUCAUUUAGCCAUACUUAUAUUCAGAUGGUAUCAUGAAUAUAGCUGUCAUGCAGGCCCACGUGUUAUGCUUACGCUAGCUACACGGCAAUUUUGGAUUUUGAGUGCGCGGGCCGUCGUACAUAAAGUUAUUAGUCGAUGCACAACGUGCGUGCGUUACGCAGCUGUAAAUCCGCAACCCCGGAUGGCUGACUUACCGUCUGCGCGUGUUACAGAAUGCCAAGUAUUUAGGCGCGUCGGAAUCGAUUACGCCGGGCCUCUUCAAAUGCGCGAAAUAAGGUUGAGAAAAUCACGUACUUAUAAGGUAUAUUUAGCCAUUUUUGUUUGUUUCACCGUUAAAGCGGUACAUCUAGAAGUCGUGACGGAACUGUCUACUGAAGCCUUUUUAGCGGCCUUCGAUCGGUUCGUCGCUCGUAGGGGCCUACCAGCCCAAGUUUUUUCGGAUUGUGGAUCAAAUUUUAUCGGGGCUGAUAAACAGCUACGUGACCUUAUAAAUAGCGCAACGUCUCAAAUUAAAAUAGCGGCAGCGACGCCGAUGUGUGAGUGGCAUUUUAAUGCGCCUUCGGCUGCACACAUGGGCGGAUUGUGGGAGUCCGCCGUUCGCUCAGCAAAGCGAUUAUUAAUACGCGUAAUGGGUGCUCAUAUGUUUACAUAUGAAGAAUUCACCACCGUCAUUUGCCGAAUAGAAAGCGUUCUAAAUUCCCGGCCGCUUGUACCCAGUUCCACUGAUCCGCAGGAUCUUGAUUGCCUCACACCAGGGCACUUUCUUAUAGGACAACCGUUACUUGCUGUUCCGCCGCGUACUGAACUCGACGCGCCCCGUUCGCUAGUUGACCGCUGGAAGUUGCUGGACCACUGUCACCAGGCUUUCUGGCAUAGAUGGUCAUCGGAAUACUUGUCCACUUUACAACAAAGAGCUAAAUGGUUAACUGAUCAACCAAAUGUUCGUGUGGGCGCCAUGGUCAUUAUUAAAGAUAAUUCGUGUCCCCCAUUGAUGUGGCGUUUAGGUAGAAUAACAGCAUUAAUGCCGGGACCCGAUAAAAUUGUACGUGUAGUGCGCGUUCAAACCGCCCAGGGCACAUUUGUGCGGCCUGUCGUUAAAUUAGUAGUUUUGCCCACCGAUCCUGAUGAUUCCAUACAUCCUUAAAUUAUACAUUUUUAUGUUAGUAUUAUAAAACGGUAUGAGUCACAUUCUUAUUGAUUUAUUUUUUAUAUUUUUUGUAUUUUCAUAUUUUUUAUAUUUUUAUAUUUGUUGUAAUGAAGUCGUUAUUUCUAAUUAUUAA